AUGGAAGGCCAGUUCGAGAGGACUGUCUUUACACCAAAGACAUAUGUCAAACCUCUCCCAUCGUUUGCUUCACCUUCCGAGUACUCCGACUCCUCGAGAUCCUCGGACAUCGUACCGAUCAUCGAUCCCCGAGCGGCGCCGCAAGCUGAUGUCCCCUUUUCGGGAUGGGCGAGCAAACAUCUCAGCCCCUAUCAAGACUUAAAAAUACUGUCAUGCGAAAUUUGCACGCCAGCCAAGCGAAGAAGUUGGUGGUCCAUUGUGUUUCUUGCAGUUUGUGCCAAGAGGGGGUGUGAGCGUUGCACUCUUCGACUUCUAGGCAUUUUCAAGAUAAUACAGCGGGACAGAAUUGGACCAGACUUAGUUCACACUCAAGUUCACUUCCAGGACUCUAUCAUAACCUUGAGGCAUCACCCAGAAGUACCCGGGCUGGAAAAACAAGUCUCCUGGGUGCCUUUCUUUCCUUGGAAUCGUCAAUCGAUCAAAGUCGAGCUUUACGCAUCCCCAGACCGCCCAACUCUCGGCUGGGAACCCGUUUUUGGAGUGGGUCGAGAUGUGAUGGAAUGUAGGAAGAAAAGUUACACCAGACUAGUUUUCAAGUGGCUUGUUGCUUGCUUGGUAAACCACCCACUCUGUGGCUAUGACUUACAACCUUUGCCUCCUUUGAUUAUCGAUGUAGGGCCAGAAGGUUCGACCUCCCUACGCUUAUGCGGCUCGCUUGGAGUGCGUAAGCCUUAUGUGGUCCUCAGUUACUGCUACAGAAACUGGUGGAGAGCUCCAACUACCACAAGAGAGAGCCUACGGCGCCAUGUCGUCGAUAUUCCUUUCCAUGGCUUGCCUCCAGUUUUUCAAGAUGCUGUCCAGGUUGUUCGAAAUCUGGGUUUACGCUAUUUGUGGACCGAUUCUCUAUGUAUGGUUCAAGACGACGAGCAUAAUCUUUCGAACGACAUUCGUGACCUGGCAUCUGUCUACAAAAAUGCCGUUUUUGUCCUUGGCGCUUAUAGAUCUCAUCAUGUGAAAAAUGGCAGCGAUGAGGUUGGAUUGUUGCCUACAGUUUACGAUCCUCUCCGUGGUUACCAGUUUGCUGACGUCGAAAACAUUGACGGUUCCAUCACCCAAGUUUCGGCCCGUCUUCUUCGAAACCCACACGGUCUUUACUGUGGCGUGUCUCGUUCGACCAAAUACGGGGUUUGGUCACGGCCUUGGGCAUUACAAGAGCAGCUACUGUCUUCUCGUAUGAUACAUUUUACAGAGGGAGAACUGAUCUGGGAGUGCAACAGUCUGGUAGGCUGUGAGUGCAUGGAACUUGACCGUCCUGGUCGUAUGAAGUCUGCGUUGCACAAGAAGGCAUGGUACAACAAAUUGCUGAGACAGCCAAUGUGCGACGAGUUCUACAAAUUCUGGUGGUACAUGCUCAGUCAGUACUCAGGUCGUACUUUCACUUGCGGGGAGGAGGUCCUUUUGGCUAUCUCUGGAUUGGCAAGUCAGAUGCAGAAGCAUGGUGCAGGACAGUAUAUUGCUGGACUCUGGAAGAAUGACUUGCCACAAAACUUACUUUGGGACCGCCACAGCCCAAUCAUUCAGCCUCCCAAGGACUACAUUGCUCCAUCAUGGUCGUGGGCUUCACGUAUUACUUAUCCUCAUGAAAUCCACGCAGACAACCCCAAUUAUGGUGAGUUAGGUCCAGCCUACCAAAUCGUGAACGCGGUACACAAAGAGGAUUUGGCAGGCGUCUAUGCGGAGGUGCUUGACGUAAAAGCCAUUCCUAAGUCGGGAAAUCCAUUUGGAAGUGUGCGUUCCGGUCACAUUACCCUGAGCGGGCCUCUCAUCAAAGCAAAAUUCCGUGAGCAUCCCCUAGUAUAUAACAAAGGUACAAAGCGUGCCAAGUCAAGCAUGAUCUGUCCACUGUUUCCUGACGGUACACCCGUAUGGACAUGCCCAGACUUUGAUCCCAUGCCAUUCGAGGUAGAAGACGAAUUACUCCUGCUAUUGGUUGCCAAAGAACGGGGCAAGUCGAGGAAGAGGAGAUACAUGAGGUACAAAGGUUUGAUGUUGGUGAAAUCGAAGACUGGUCCUUAUCAUGAAAGGAUUGGGACGUGGGAAGUACCCGUAUUGAAUGAGUAUAAUGAUAUCGAGGCGAGUGACUUCUUCCAGGGCGCCAAAGAAGGCAUCGUUAGAAUUGUAUAGAUAGAGAGCCAUGCGUAGCGGCAUUUUCAGUAGUUUGAGCGGUCUAGUGUUAUACAUUCUGCUAGUACAACUGGUACCUGGCACCAAGGGAUGACGCUACAUGCGGUCACUCGGGACAUUUGUGUACACAUUAGAGUUUCUCCUCCCGAGCUCAAAUAAAACGAUAGGCAUACGAACUAUUCUUCAG